AUAGCUGAGGGGGGGCGGCCGCCAUCUUACCAGUCGGCGGAGCGGGCGAGGGUUGGACGCGGCGGCUCCUUCUGCCGUCGGCGGGACCAGAUUGGAUAUAAACACCAUGGAAAAAGAAGACUAAGAAUUCAUCAUGAUUGGAGGCCUGUUCAUUUAUAAUCAUAAGGGAGAGGUUUUAAUCUCCCGGGUUUACAGAGAUGACAUUGGGCGGAAUGCAGUGGACGCUUUCCGAGUCAAUGUCAUCCAUGCACGACAACAAGUGCGUUCACCGGUCACCAACAUCGCUCGCACCAGUUUCUUCCAUGUCAAACGUUCCAAUAUCUGGCUGGCUGCCGUCACCAAGCAAAAUGUUAACGCUGCGAUGGUCUUUGAGUUCCUCUACAAAAUGUGUGAUGUGAUGACUGCCUAUUUUGGAAAGAUCAGUGAAGAGAACAUCAAGAACAACUUUGUGCUCAUCUACGAGCUUCUGGAUGAAAUCCUGGACUUUGGUUACCCUCAGAACUCUGAAACCGGAGCCCUGAAAACAUUCAUCACCCAACAAGGAAUCAAGAGCCAGCACCAGACUAAGGAAGAGCAGUCUCAAAUUACCAGCCAGGUAACUGGCCAGAUUGGUUGGAGGCGCGAAGGGAUCAAAUACCGUCGCAAUGAACUCUUCCUGGAUGUUCUAGAGAGCGUGAACUUGCUAAUGUCACCACAAGGCCAGGUGUUGAGUGCUCAUGUCUCGGGACGAGUGGUGAUGAAGAGCUACCUGAGCGGCAUGCCCGAAUGUAAGUUUGGCAUGAACGACAAGAUCGUAAUUGAGAAGCAAGGCAAGGGGACGGCAGACGAGACGGGGAAAAGUGAAACAGGAAGUGGGAAGCAGUCCAUUGCCAUUGACGAUUGCACUUUUCACCAAUGCGUGAGGCUCAGCAAGUUUGACUCGGAGAGGAGUAUCAGCUUCAUACCACCAGAUGGAGAGUUUGAGCUCAUGAGGUACCGAACCACUAAAGACAUUAUCUUGCCGUUCCGUGUCAUCCCGCUGGUACGUGAGGUGGGACGCACCAAGCUGGAGGUGAAAGUGGUGAUCAAAUCUAACUUUAAGCCUUCCCUCUUGGCUCAGAAGAUAGAGGUGCGAAUCCCGACUCCUCUUAAUACUAGUGGUGUACAAGUCAUCUGCAUGAAAGGAAAAGCAAAAUACAAAGCCAGUGAGAAUGCCAUUGUCUGGAAAAUUAAAAGGAUGGCUGGAAUGAAAGAGUCACAGAUCAGCGCAGAGAUAGAACUGCUUCCAACCAACGACAAAAAGAAAUGGGCUCGGCCACCCAUCUCUAUGAACUUUGAGGUUCCCUUUGCGCCUUCCGGGCUGAAGGUGCGCUACCUGAAAGUCUUCGAGCCAAAGCUGAACUACAGUGACCACGACGUGAUCAAAUGGGUGAGGUACAUUGGCAGGAGCGGGAUCUACGAGACAAGAUGUUAACCCCGCGCAGCAAGCUGGCUCUCUCUCUCUCUCACCCUUUGGUCUCAACGUUCAAGAGCAUUUCACUGGCCCGUCCUCCAUUCAGCGGCUGGAAGCUGGAAUCCUGCAGCUGCUCUUUGAAGGAAGGAAGGAAGGAAGAAAAAAGGGGGGACACCGGCACCUGCUUUGUUUCAGUUACUGUUGGAGAUGCAGCUGACAUCAGGUGGUUUGAGAGUCUGGGCUCAUGUCUUGCUUCUGUCCCAGGAUGUAAAAGGGCCAGUCUAAUACCACCCCCUUGUGGUCAUUCUAGGGAACAUCCACCACGUGAUAACCCCCCCUUCUGUUGUCACUACUUGCAUUAUAUCCUAGUAUUUUUUUGGAAAUCCUUGUGCAUAUGUAUCAGUAGACUAGACAAGAAAUCAUAGACUGGACAACCCUUGAAUUAAUUCUGGCUCCUAUACUUGGCUCUUGCUGUUGUAAUUGUUGUUGUGCGGCAAAGGUGGGAAUAUUCCUCAUUGCUUUCUCCUACAGCUCGAGGAAGGUUUGUGACCAAAAAUGUCUGAGGGGUAUUAUCAUGGAUGGUGAGAAUAGCAAAUAAUUUUCAUAGCCUCAAAGGGCAACUUCCUUGGAGCGCUGAGGAUAGCUGACAAAGCCAGUACCUCUUCUUUCUUAAACACAGUCCCCCCCCCCCCCAAAAAAAAAUCUGGCACAUAACUGGGGAGAGACUGAUUUGAUCAGUAAGUAACAUCCAAAGGAUUUGUCCUUUGGUUAAGAAUUGGCCAGCAAUCUUUCCUCCUCUUCCUUUCCUCCUCCCUUCCCCUCCCAUCUUUCUCUUGCCCAAUCAGCUUAUGCUUUCUUCUACUAAAAGCUUUUGGGUCAAUGGAAAUGCUGCUGCGAUCCACAGUCCUCUGCUUCAGGUAGUGUGGUCUCCCAUUUUGUACACGUGUGAUUGUCCAGUUAUAAAUCCAAUAAAAUAUAUGGAACCAA